GUGUAACCAGUGCCGACACAGUGGUGAACAUGCGGAAGGUAACCCACCAGACCAUCAGCGAGGAGCUCUCUAAAACCGUUCUUCUUCCUUGCCUAUUCACCCUUCGCCCCAGCGCUGGUUCAUCACAUGAGCCUCCCAGGAUCAAGUGGACUAAAGUCUGGGGGCAAAGAGGGUCUGAUGGGCUGCAGAAGGAACAGUCAGUCCUGGUUGCCAAAGACAAUGUGGUCAAGGUGAAGAAGGCUUUCCAGAGUCGCGUUUCACUGCCUGGGUAUAACAAGAACCGCUACAACGCCAGCCUCGCCCUGACUGGACUGCGCUCUAGUGACUCAGGCCUGUACCGCUGUGAAGUUGUGGUGGGCAUCAACGAUGAACAGGACACAGUUCCACUGGAGGUCACAGGUGUUGUGUUCCACUACCGAGCACCACAUGACCGCUAUGCAUUAUCUUUUGCUGAUGCCAAGAGGGUGUGCACGGAAAACUCAGCAACCAUCGCAACACCUGGACAACUGCAGGCCACCUUUGCGGAUGGAUAUGAAAACUGUGACGCCGGCUGGCUGGCUGACCAGACUGUGAGGUACCCUAUCCAGGCGCCACGACCUGGUUGCUAUGGUGAUCGUGAGGACUCACCUGGUGUCCGUAAUUACGGCAAUAGGUCUCCUGAUGAGCUGUUUGAUGUUUAUUGUUUUGCCAAGCAGCUUCAAGGUGAAGUGUUCCACUCCACAGUCCCAGAGAAGCUAAGCCUCGCCACAGCCUCCACCCACUGCCAUUCCCUAGGAGCCCAACUGGCCACUGUCGGACAGCUCUAUCUGGCUUGGCAAGCUGGCCUUGAUCAGUGUGAUCCCGGCUGGUUGGCUGAUGGCAGCGUCCGCUAUCCCAUCAAUGUUCCCAGAAAGAACUGUGGAGGGGACGAGCCUGGUGUGCGGACCGUGUACAACAAUCCAAACCGGACCGGCUUCCCAGACACCGCGGCACUUUUUGAUGCCUACUGCUAUCAAGCCCAUCAGCCAGCAGGGAUCCAGGCUGCAGAGCCACAAGUUCUGUACCAAACUACCAGACCAGCAGCAGAGAGCCAGUCUCUGGUGCCUGAAACGCGUGCCUCCCCCUGGACCUCCCCGAGGUCUAGCCCAGUUGAAACAAAUAGAGCAGCGAUCAGCAGCUCGGCUGAGACAUCUGAAGAGAACGGUAUCAUUGAGUCAAAGCCUUUUGAAGAUUGGCAUCACAUCAGCCAAGCAGAAGAGGAUACACUAGAUGACUCUAAGAGCAACAACACAUUGAGUUCCUCUGAACCUGACAGCCUGGAAAGUUCUGAAAGUCCAGCCCUUGAGCAAACGGGUGGCAGUUCUGUCCGGACGGAUUCUGCUCCAUUAUCCAACAUGAUUUCUUCCAGUCCCCAACCUCAGACGACUCAUAACAUUCUUGUUGAGUUUGUGAAAAGUCUGAUGAGGCCUUUUAAGUACUGGACAAGAAGCAAAGAGAAUGAACCUACGCAGCCUGAUGAGAGAGAGGAGCAGAAGCAGACACCCACAGAAUCAUCCACUACAAGAAUGAGCGUUCAAAAACCAGCUGGGAACAAGGGCAACUUAGACAACGCCAUCAUAGAGCACAGGAGUGGCACCUUUUCACUUAGAGCUGUAAGUGAAGCGGGGAGCACAGAGGAGGGCCUGUCCGAGCAGGAGAAGGAGCUGCAGCCCCUGAUAAAACUUGUGCCCGCCCUGCAGGAUGCAGAGACACGUGACCCCGUCACUCAUCAGGGUCCUACCAACAACCCUCCAACCACUCAAGACUUUGCAUCAACGGACAGAUUUCCAUUCAAUCAACUUUCCAAUACAUCAAGUCGUCUGGGCCGCAGAGGAGGGUUUGCGUCAUCUACUGCUCCCAGCAGUCACUUUCAGUGGGUCACUAACUCCAUACAUGACCCCAAACAAGCCUCUUCCAGAUUCGGGGCCCGUGUGGUCCAAGAAUCUUCCUGGCAGCCAUUGGAAGCAAAAGCUGGGUCCCUCGAGGUAAUGACCAUGGCCACCUCCCUUCAACAAGACAACCUAGAGAACUUUUCAGGUGAGGGCAAAGACGAGGACGCAUCAGAAGUCAGGAAUAGUGCUGUAUCAGAGGAAGACAAAGGUCAGGAUGGAAGUGGAGAAGGAAGCAACUCGUCCGAUACCUUAGAAAUUACAGUCAAACAUCAGAAAAGCUAUUAUACCCAGCUGGGUUCAGUAACUGACUCAAUAUUUAACCUGUCUGAUGCCGAUGUUGUGACCGUGAGCGAGCACACCUCUCUCUUCCGGUGGCAGCUCUCUGAGCACCCCACCAAAUCCCCUGAGAGCUCCACAGAACCAGACACACCCGAGGAGGCCAGAGGGGAGAUCCUGUAUGCCCACCAGCUCCUUCAAAAUCUGUCUUCUGCCUCGUCACAUGCAGAAGUCCUGCCAGCAUCAGGGAGACAGAGCAAAGAUGAGAUAAAGACUACCUCAGAAGAUGAUUUGUGGACAAUGCUAACAACUUCUGAGGCAACCACAGUGGAGCUUUCAACCACACACACAGCAGAUGUCGGUGUCAGCGCCAGCAACUCAGAAAAUACUGUGAGGAGUUUUUCCCUCAAAGAGCCAUCCUUUUCAGAUGUAGGGGUUCAGCGGGGGAUGGAGAAAACUACCACUGACUCUCAAAUGCAAAGCUAUGCUUCUGUGACUUUAAUACCUACUAAAGAAGGAGACUUACAGUUGACCACUAUUGCAUCUAAAAGUGGCACCAUCACCAUGGAGUCCAAAGCAGAGACACCUGUGGAAAUAUCUCCAAAAAGCCCAAAGUCAAUGGAGCUCACAACCUUGGAGCCAGAGGCCAGCAAAGACCCAAACAGCCCCUUUGGCAUUCUGGUACCAAGCUGGGCAUUCAGCCUCAUCCCAUCAGUGGAAAACAACCCCUGCCAGACCAACCCUUGUCUCCAUGGUGGAAGCUGUCUGCAAGAAGGUGAUAGUUACAGCUGCUACUGUCCUCAGGGCUUCUCUGGAGAGAACUGCGAGAUCGACAUUGAUGACUGUCAGUCGAACCCCUGUCAGAAUGGAGGAACGUGUAUUGAUGAGAUCAACUCCUUUGUGUGUCUCUGUCUGCCCAGCUACAGCGGAGCUACUUGUGAGAAAGACACAGAGGGCUGUGAGCACUCGUGGAGGAAGUUUCACGGCCACUGCUACAGGUAUUUCAGCCGCAGACACACCUGGGAGGACGCAGAGAAGGACUGCAGAGAGCACAGCGGCCAUCUGGCCAGCAUCCACAGCGAAGCUGAGCAGAAUUUCAUCAGGGGUCUCAGUCAUGACAACACCUGGAUUGGGCUGAAUGAUCGCACGGUGGAGGAUGACUUUCAGUGGACGGAUAAGAUGGAUCUGCAAUAUGAGAAUUGGCGGGAAAACCAGCCGGACAAUUUCUUUGCUGGGGGAGAGGACUGUGUGGUAAUGAUUGCGCAUGAGAACGGCAAAUGGAACGACGUGCCCUGCAACUACAACCUACCCUACGUCUGCAAGAAGGGAACCGUUCUCUGUGGAGCCCCGCCCACAGUGGAAAACGCCUUCCUGAUUGGUCGAGUGCGUUCGCACUAUGACAUCCACUCAAUAGCACGCUACCAGUGUGCUGACGGCUUCCUCCAGCGCCACGUGCCCACUGCUAAGUGCCGUGCCAACGGCAGAUGGGACCGGCCUAAAAUCAUCUGCAUACGAUCCCGGCGAUCCCAUCGCUAUCGGCGCCACCAUCACAAGAGCAGGCGGGAGCGCAGAAAGCACAAGAGGCACGCUCACAGAGACGGAGGACACCAUGCAGGAGAGCAGGGCCAGCACCGCGCCCGCUUCUGAACCAAAACAAACAACACACCUUCCCUCUGUCAGCCUUCCCCCUAACACAGUCCCACGAUUACACCCCAAAGUUUUCUACCCGAGCCCCCACCCUCAGCUGCUUUCCUGGCUCUCAGAGUUGAGCUCUCUCAACCACCAAAGUGCUGCCAGGCGUCACCAGGACUUAAUUCAACUCCUCCGUACUUUUUUAGCUCAAGUUUCGGGUCCCAACUCUUUUCUUGCUCAGCUGCCCUUUUACUUGCUCCAGUUACACUCCCAGCAGGCUCAAAAUGGAGCCGAGUUGACCUGUUUCUGAGAUAAAAAAUUACCUUUGAGACCCACCCUGAACAUUCUUUGAAGAGAAGACGUUUAGUACUAACUGCAAAUAGGGAUGACAUCACUGAAAAUGCCGUAUCAAAGCCAGACGAGUCAAUGAAUGUUGACUUGAGCCUUUUGUCUGCUGAACACAGUUCUUUUUUACAAACACUCAGUUCCUUUGUCUUAACUCUGCUGCUCUUGGUUUGCCCUUCGUUAGACAUUGUACUAGAGUAACGGUAAGUUAAUUGAUUUAUUUUUAACUAAAGGUAGUGGUAAUUGAGUUAAUUGAUUGUUAGCGGUGUAUCUUCUUGUGGAUGUGAGACAGUUACUUUAGAUGACGAACCUCCAGAGGAAAACGUGAAGCCCGCCUCCUCUCAGCUUCAUCACCUUCAUCAGCCUCAUGCGGGAAGCUUCUCCUGCUAUGUUAGACCUCCACACCUGUCACUGCCACGGGUUCAUCUGCAUCUCUGAUGUCAGUUUGUCUCAGCUCAGCACCCCACGUUUCACUUCUCCUCUCUCUUAACUUGUGUUGCUGCAGGAAUGUUUGCGGUGAAUUAUUCAGUGGUGCAGCAUGGGAAGGGACUCUAAAGUGACUCUUUGAUUUAGAUUGGCUGUUGUUUGGCAGCACGCUUUUCUGUCUGUGGAAAAAUAAACUGUCCGAGUCGUGUGCUCUGUUACCAGCAUUUUUCUUACCUACAGAAAAAGGUAAAAACUUAAUAAAACUACAAAGUUCAGUUCUGAGGCACAUUUAAGCAUUUCAAAUAACUGAACAAAUUAUCUGAAGAAAGGUUUACACUAGUUUGAGGUAGUUUUGUUAUACUGUUAAUAGUAGCUGGAAAUCCAAUUUAUCAGUCGUGGUAAAAAUGGUGAUUUUCAAAGUCACAAAACAACAAAAUUUUAACUUGUUUCGAACAUUCUUAAGAUGUCUGAACUGCCUUGUUUUAGCAGGGCCGGCCCAGGGCAAAGGCAAACUAGGCAGCCGCCUAGGGCACCAUCAGCUGGAGGGUGCGCCAAAUCACAAUGAUUAUAUAUUCUUUUUUUUUUUUUGGCAUUUGCUCGACGAGACGCUUUUCUCCUUCACAAUGUACUGGAAUUAGCGUGUUAACAGUUAAAGAUUUAGUGUUUAAGCAUCAUCGGUGAUGCCCAGGUGUUAAAGGGUUAAAGCUCAAUUUAAUGUACUCUUAGUUCAGUUAACCCUUCAGUAUAAAUGAAAUCAUCACACAUCUGGAGACAGAAGUAACAUGAUGGCCAAACACAAAGAUAAACCUGGUUUACUAACAGUGUCUCAGAGCCUUCAUAACUGCAGAGGGUCAGCUGACAGUAGACCUCAGUGUCUCUGGAGCAGACCGUCUGGCAGAUCUUCUCCUCUAAACUCGCCCCGUGCAGCUUGUCCUUUUUAAAGAGGGGAUUGAAGCAGUGCUUUGCUCUCUUUAGCUUCUCCUGUACUGCUUGGAUAAAGUGCUGUGUUUUGAAGCCAGGCCUCGAGGUUAGAGAUUUUAGGAUUAAAUCUCAAAGACGGCCAGCGCUUUCAUCCUUCGUUCCUCCAUCAUGUCGAGGCCUUUUCUCUUCUUCCUCUGUGCUUAGCCAACUUUGCCAUUCAGGUUUCAAGUAAUUUACUUUUACUGAAAGUAAAAUGAACUAGAAAAGUUACAUUACCUGCGAUAAUGCUAGUGUGAAUGCUUCUUGCUGAAUGUGCUCGCUGAAAAUGCUGAAACAAUUAACUUUGAUGGCAGUAUAAUGCCCUGAAUGUGCUGAAUGUUUUGAUGCCAAACUUGCAAAAUUUGUAAAAAGUGCACAAAAAUUUGAAAAAAAAAAAAAAUUCUUGAAAGAAAAAAUUCUUGCAAAAAAAUUCAAAAAAUUUCUAAAAUUGCGUAAAAUGUAUCAAUACCCAAAAAGUAAUAUCAAGAAUGUCCUGAAGGUGCUGGACGUCUUGAUACCGAUAUUGCAUAGUUUCAAAGCGCACAAAGAUUGAAAACAUUUUGUGAAAAAGAUCGCAAAAAUUGCAAAUGAAUGUAAAAUGCGUAAAAGGUAUAAAUACCAAAAGUACAACCAUGAUUGCCCUGAACAUGCUGAAUAUUUUGAUACCAAACUUGCAUAAUUUGCAGAGAGCGCACAAAAAUUUGAAGAAUUACUUGAAAAAAAUUCGCAAAAUUGGCAUAAAAUAAAAAAAAAUGCGUAAAUUAAAGUAUGGAUGUCCUGAACAUGUUAAUUUUUUUUUUAUAUUGCUGACAUUGCAGAAUUUACAGAAAUUUGAAAAAAAUUCCCAUUCAUUUUCAAUGGGGCUGAAAAAUUGCAUAAAUUGCAAUAACUCGAAAAAAAGAAAAGUAAAAUGUAGAAAUACCAAAAGUACAAGCAGGAAUAUCCUUAAUGAGCUGAAUGUCUUGAUACCAUGAUUGCAGAAAUUGCUGAUUAGGUUUUUACGGAUCAAUAAACGUAUGGAGAAAUAAAUGAGAAAUAAUAAUAAAGAGAAACAGGAUCACUAUAGUGACAAUUAUGGCUGACCGGAAGCUUAACCUGCUCUUUGAUACCGCUGAUAGUCCGGUUUUCUGAAGUAAUGCAGGUGAGGUGUUAAUUCUCUGCCCUUGUCCUCCCUCACCUUGGCAACAGCAAUAGUGAACCUGAAUCUCUCUAUCACUUUAAUUAAUCUGCUGCAUGACUAAUUAAAAGCUGCACUAUCUACACAAGCACAGAGCUGUUGUGACGGGAAAGGGUGAUGCUGACAGACAGCGCUCUGGAGGUGAGCUGAUUGUCACAGCUGUCAGGCCCUGCUGCUCUGUUCAUGUCAGACUGACACCGCCUGCUUCUCCGACUUCUUCGAAAUGAAUGGACCACGGCUAGACGAGUGGAAGGGUGGACAGUUGGCUCUCGCACAGCAAAGCCGAUGCCCUGACACAGAGUGAUUACAGCUGUGGAGUGGUUUAUCUUCGUCACAGGGCCAAUAUUAAAAAUUCAGUUUUAGGAAACUAAAUCAAAACCAAAGAUGUAACCAUAAGCUAAUGACAUUGGGGUUACACUUUUACUUUAGUUAGUCUUGAAACUUCAAGUGCAUUUGCCCAUCUGCUAGUUAUCCUUUCUGUCUGUCUCCACUCUAGCUAAGCCCUGAUUGAAAGGCAAAUGAGUACCCACAAUGCAUCACUGUUAUUAGUUCUAGAGAUGAGAUAACAGAAGGGUCCUGCCUGUCCUGACAGCCAGGGACGCACACGUAACCUGAUGCUUAUGCUAACGACUGACGAGAUCAAUCAAUCAGUUGACGGUGAAGUGAUUGACAGGCAUGAGCUUCACAUCUUGUACUCAUAAAGUAUGCACACACCGUGUACUGUUUUUGAAAAACGAGCCUAUAUACAUGAAUUCCCACGUUCUGAAGCCGGACUAAAACAAAUGUGGAGACAUAAAUACAGAGAGGAUUUUUCUUAAUCUGCUGCAUCGAUAUCCUUAGCUUGUUCGAGAUGGUUCAAAGAGGAGAAACUGGACAGAGUGACCCCACCCCCCUCGCCUUUCAAACAGGAAGUGGCUCCAAGAGGCCAAAAUCCCAGCUGUUACUCAGUCAUUCUGUUUGUCAGAAUAACCAUUCUGAGGUUGUGUCUGAAUUCCCUCCCUGAUCCCUACCUACUAAAAAACUAUAGUGCAGGACUAUCUAGUGCCCUGGAUUUUAAAGGAAAUUCGGACAGGAUGCUCUCUGCUUUUGUUUCGUUUUUCUAAACGCCAGGUUUGAUGUCACUGAUUUCAUGAAGUCAAAAUCAUAUCAAUACGAACAUUUCACAACGUUUAUUUAUGACUCCACUGUGUUCUGAUGGUAAAAAUGUGGAUGGUUUAUUCAAAAAUUAUAUUGAAACACAUGUUUUUGUUUGAAAUUGUUUGACCGCAAUUCAUUGUGGUCUAUACUCCCUAAUCUAUUGAGCAUCGAUGCACGCUAGUUUUUGCAAAGUCUUCUGGGAAAUUUCUAGGGCACUUGAUUUUCCAAUUGGCAGAUUAGGACAGUACUAGAAAAUGGCAAAUACACUAUAGGGAUUAGGGAGGGAAUUCAGACAUGGCUUUAAUCUGACACAUUUUUCAAACAUCUUCGUAAUUAUCCUCAUUUUUUUCACGAUAUUUUUUUUAUUGCAAAUUCUUCAAGUUAUAUUCUGACCAAUCAGAUGCCUCAGUCAAAGCAUUUGAUCACUCCAAACACUUUAUUGGCAGAUUCCCCUCAGCAGUAGGGGUGUGAACUUAGGUAAGAGUGGUUGCCAUAGAAAUGUUGACCCAGACCGAUUCGGACCAAUUAGAUUAGAUUAGAUCAGAUUAGAUUAGGUUAGAAAUUGUUUAUUUCAAGCAAUCAAGAGAUUGCCUGAAAGGUAGAGGGAGGAAGCGAACUUAUAUAAUCCCACUCUGUUCACUUACUGACAAUUUCUGUCUCCAACAUGGACCACAUUGUAAACAUUUUAGAGAAAAACAGUCUGUUGGAGGUCAAAGCAUUCCUCUCUGACAUGUUUUCCUCCAUUAUUAUCAGCUUCUCUCCACUGCAUGUGUUACAUUCCGCAUUGUUCUCUAGGUAACAUUCAGGCACUCCUCUAUUGGUUCUUGUUAGUCUGAUGCUGAGCUGAGCUGACUCAUCAUAGUCAGAAAAUCCCUGCAUUCUGUUGGAAUGAAUCUUUUCCUGACAGUCGGUUUAAACUCUGGGUGUGUUUGUCACUUAGGCUUCUUGAGUCAUAUUCACACAGCCUCUGUUCAUCUGAAACCCCUCAUUUUCCUCCCCUCUCUGUCUGCACCAAACACCGCUGACACACACACACAUGUAUGGGGUAAAAUCACUACAAAAAAGAAACCUAUUCAUGAAGAAAAAUUUACAUUAAUAAAGACAAAGUUGUGUACAAAUUAAUAUUUUGUGCACAACUUUGCAGAAAAAAUAUGAACACAAACAUUUAGUUUUAAGUUUACCUUGUCUAUUAAGAAUAUGACUUUUUAUGAUUUUUGUCUUAAAUACGAAUUUGUACUGUUAACAAACUGUCAAAAAUACGUCACAGGGUCACAGGCUGAUACAUCGAGUCCCGGAACAUUGAUUGAUCAAACUGUGCACAUCUGUUCAAGUUAAUGGAUUUAACUAAAAUAAAAUAGAAAUGUUAAGGAUGUUACUGAUGCCAUAACAGGAAAAUGAUCUUAAUAACCAUAGCUCUGUUGAAAAUUCAAUAAAACAGAUCAAACUACAGCGAUCUCCGACACAUCUGUGGCUGUCAGGCUACAACAGUUGCUCGUGUAAACAAUGCAGCAUCAGAUCCUUUUAGACCCAGAAGUGAUGGAAAACAGCCCUAAAAGAAGUAGCAGACAUGCCACUCUACUCAUUAGGUGUUAGAAAAACAUGCCUGUAAAAUGAGUUGAUAACAAGAGCAUAACGUAACAAAAACAGCUAAGCUAACUCGGAGCUAAAGUAUGCUCACUGGUAGCCAACUACAGUGGUAAAAACAAUAUAAUAAAAUAAAAUAAAAAAGCCAUUAGGAUCAGAAUGCCCAAAUUUCUCUCUGUUUCUAAUUUUUCUUUCUUUUCGACUAAGGCUAGAGUCGGCUGUCAAUUAGCCUUCCUUAGCUCCGAGUUAGCUUAGCUGUUUUUGUCAUUACCAUUCCCUUUCUUAACCCACUAAUCCUUUCGGGGUCACAGUGCUGCUAGAGUCUGGUCUGAGUGAAGACAAGGGUACAUUUCGACCGGUCCACGACCUGGAGCGGGACUACCCGCCCCGCCUGUCCCGGGAAUAAACAGCCCGGCUUAACGAGGAUUCCCCACGCUAACACGCCGCUGCUGGCCGGUGUUGUUCUCCCGGCCAAAAUGAUGCCUGAAACAAAUUCUGGCAGGGGACGUUCCUUGGCAAAACAUCAGAGACCAGACAGUAGAAGAGCAGCAGCAGAGAGACGGGGAUCCCUCUGCUGCCUGGUCGGGUGAUUUUAUUUUAUUCGUCAUUCUCUAGUUAACAUCUGUUUUUUUCGGUUAAUAUCUUUUCUUUUUUCCAGCAGAGUUAGAUAUUUUUUCUGCCACGGGAUCAAUUACAUUCUAAAAAGUGUAAUUCUGUUGUAGUUUAAUAAAUGAGCCUCACUGCUCACGCUCUCUCAGUUGGAUCGACGUUUCAGGACUCGAUGUAUCAGCCUGUGACCCGUGAUGUAUUUUUGACAGUUUGUUAACAGAAGAAAUUCAUAUUCACAACAAAGAAAAGUCCUAUUCUAAAUAGACAUGUUAAACGUAAGACUGAAUGUUGGAUUCAUAUUUUUUCCUGUAAAGUUGUGCUCAAAAUAUUAACGAAUUAUUAUGAAUAUGACUGUGUUUAUAAAUACAACUUCUUUUCAUGAAUAUGUUUCUUUUUGACAGCUAUCUUACCCCAUACACAUGGAAUUAACCCACACACAAAUUCAAACCUCGUCUUUGACUUUGAUCCUUGCAAAGCAGAUAAGUUUACAGUAAUCUGUAUGUUUACUGUAAAUCCAGAACAAAUGUAACGUGAAUGAAUCAUCUCUGACUGUGUGAAUAUGACCCAUUAAUAUUUAUUCAUGUUUAUUGAUGUUUGUUCUCAUGAAUUUCUGUCAAGUUACUGUAUUAUAUUAUUUACAAGACAAAUGAUCAUUAAAGCAAACAUUUGUUUGGAUCUGA